UCGGGUCUUACAGAACAAAUCAGAGCGAAUUAGAGCGUUCACACGCAAGCGGAAAAAUAAUUCGAUAAGCAACACAAUUAUAAAAGCACUACAACAACAAGUAAAACGAUUUUGUACAAAUUUAACAGAAAUUAAAGAGAUUAAAGCAAGCAACAACAAUUUGCUUACGGCUUUAUAACUGCAUCAGUGCGAGCGCACAGCGUACAACUGGACACCAACUAACGGUAAAGUGGGAAAACUCACGCCUAUAAAUACAACAAAGCACCGCACCCCCCAAGCGCUAAUGAUGUCUGUGCGGCAAGGCAAGCGCAACAAGCACAACAACUACAAAUACAACAACAGCCAAAGAGCGCUUAACCUGCAUUUGACCACUCAGUCACCGCUGUUGUUGCUGUUGUCGUUAAUGCUCUGCUGUGAAGUGAUUUUCAUGGAAACGAUUGACGCUGCCGAACUGCCGGCCGAACUGAUGUUGGAGAGUGUUGGUUUACUAAAGUCAAUGGAACAUGCACAACAGCACCAACAACUACAGCAACUGCAACAACAGCAACACCGCUCCGCCCAACAAAAAGGGCAAAUGUUACAUGAACAAGCGAAACGAUUUCCCUUUGACACACUCAACUCUGCCAGCGCCGAUGUCGGCAUCGAUAACAUGCAACUAUCCGAAAUGUCACCGGCCGAUUUCGCGCGCUUCGAACGUGAGCUCUUCCUGCAUGGAGCAGCAUGCAGAUUUAAUGGAGCAUGCAAUCGAUUACAAGCAACAACACCAGCCGACAGCCAUGUGGUUGCAACAGCAUGGCAGCAGUGGCGGUGAUGGCAAAAAGGCCGGCAGCGUCUUCUCAAAAUUCCAUCAUCCACACCAGCAGCAGAAACAUCAGCAGCAGCAUCGUCUGAGUGGCGACGCCGCCAAUUCGGUCACACCGGCCCCGCCACCGAUGCCUGUAGCGUCGCCACUGCGCCAUUGUGCCUUGGAAGUUUGCACCAAACUGAGAGGUGUUUGCCAGCCAAUGCCAACUAUCGGCACUGCUUGUGUGGCAGGCGACAACAUAGAGGUCUUCCAUCAGGAUUGCAUGUAAAGUGGCCGCCGAGUGGCGCAGUUAACAACGUUUACAGCUGUUUUGCAGUUCCGCCUUGCAUUUGCGCUGAGUUAUUGAGACCCCUUUUGAUCAAAUACCCUCUACAAACCGUGCAACGCUCUUGUAUUUGUUUUGUAGUUUCAUGUUUGUUACAUCAAUAGUUCAUUCCGACAAAACUGGCAUUCUUAUAAUCAAAUAAAUUUAACCUCACACUCAAAUGUACAGUUUAUGUUUACUAAUAUGGCUUUAGUAUAAUUUGUUAAGAGAGAUUAUUCGGUUAUGACAUGAAAAUAACCUAUCGAAGCAGCUAUUUUAUAAAAACAAAAGAA